AUGCUAUUUUCUAACGAUGCACCGAUAAUUCCGGCAUUUCAGCUUCCAUCGCAGAGGCUUUCAACGAGCACGUCUGAUGUUCGUGGGUCUGUACCAACAACCUUUGAUAGAAUUAAAAGAUAUGGCAGCAUGCGAAGUCAAGAACUUGCUGAAACUGUAGCGAAAGUUGCUGGACGGGCGGCUCCACCGGGGGCAUCUACAAGUUCGACUGAAGCGACUCCUACUAGGAAAUUGGUUUCUCAAUGGGAGAAAUAUAACUCAAAUAUAGAGAAGAUUCAAGAAGAACAAGUGAAAGUUGCUGCGAGACUUGCUGAAGUUUCCAAAAAGGAUGAAGAAAUUUCGUCUGAAUUAAAGAAAACUGUCGCCUCUUCUGAUGAAGAGGAAAAUUUGCUUCAAGAGCAUAUGCAGUUGCUAAACGAGAAAGAUGCCUUAGUAAGGAAGAGCGAAUAUUUGAAUGUAUUGGAGCAGCUUGCUGAUGUCGAGCACGAAAUAGCAGACUUGCAGAAGAAAUUAGGGCAGACGUCUAAACCAAGAACAGAAGAUGACAAGAAGUCAAUUGAUAAAAUGAUGGAAGAUCUCGUAGAAUUAGUCAACAGGAAGGAUAAAUUAUCUCACAAACUCAUUCAGCAAGAAGCUGAGGAUGAAGAAAUGAUUGAUCGCGAUCGGAGAACUUUGGAAGCAGCUGCUCACUUUAAAAGAGGUUUUGAACAACCAGUUUCAGCUUCCAGAAGACUCAUUACGUGGUUAAAGUCAGAAAUCAGAGGAUGA